UCUCGUAGGGGGAACCGGGAAUGCAGAGCGGGACGAGCCAGGUCGCGGGGGCUCGAGUGAUAUACCCUGCGCAUCCUGGAGGAAUCCGAGCCCCCGGCCCUGAGUCGCCCCAGCACCUCCUUUCCAGCUCUGGGAGGAAGAGGGCGGCGCCACCGAGUUUGUUUACUUUUGUGCACGCCCGUCAGUGUUUACUCUUCCAGUCCUGCGGCAGGAAACGAGAGGAAGUUAAUGUCCCCAAUAGGCGGGUUCUGAUUACUGGUGCCACUGGGCUUCUUGGCAGAGCUGUGUAUAAAGAAUUUAAGCAGAAUAAUUGGCAUGCCUUUGGCUGUGGUUUUAGAAGAGCAAGACCAAAAUUUGAACAGGUUAAUCUUUUGGAUUCUGAAGCGGUUCAUCACAUCAUUCAUGAUUUUCAGCCCCAUGUCAUAGUACAUUGUGCAGCAGAGAGAAGACCAGAUGUUGUUGAAAAUCAGCCAGAUGCUGCUUCUCAACUUAAUGUGGAUGCUUCUGGGAAUUUAGCAAAGGAAGCAGCUUUAAUUGGAGCAUUUCUAAUCUACAUUAGCUCAGAUUAUGUAUUUGAUGGAACAAAUCCACCUUAUAGAGAGGAAGACGUACCAAGUCCCCUAAAUCUGUAUGGCAAAACAAAAUUAGAAGGAGAAAAGGCUGUCCUAGAGAACAAUUUAGGAGCUGCUGUUUUGAGAAUUCCUGUUCUGUAUGGAGAAGUUGAAAAGCUUGAAGAAAGUGCUGUGACUGUUAUGUUUGAUAAAGUGCAGUUCAGUAACAAGUCAGCUAACAUGGACCACUGGCAGCAGAGGUUCCCCACACAUGUCAAAGAUGUAGCCACUGUGUGUCGCCAGUUAGCAGAGAAGAGAAUGCUGGAUCCAUCAAUUAAGGGAACCUUUCACUGGUCUGGCAACGAACAGAUGACUAAGUAUGAAAUGGCAUGUGCAAUUGCAGAUGCCUUCAACCUUCCCAGCAGUCACUUAAGACCUAUAACUGACCGUCCUGUCGUAGGAGCACAACGUCCAAGAAAUGCUCAGCUUGACUGCACCAAAUUAGAGACCUUGGGCAUUGGCCAGAGAACACCAUUUCGAAUUGGAAUCAAAGAAUCACUCUGGCCUUUCCUCAUUGACAAGAGAUGGAGACAAACAGUCUUUCAUUAGUGUAUGUGCAGUUUGUUUUUUUUUUUUAAUUGAGAAGUAUAGUAUGUGGCACUUUUUAAAGAAAAAAGGAAAUAGUUUUGUAUGAGUGCUCUUUAAUUGUGACUCAUGAUCUUUCAGGUAAACUAUGCUCUUGCACUAGUGAAAUUGUCUAAAGAAACUAAGGGCAAUGAUGCCUCAUUUGAAGUAAUGAUUUUUCUUUUUAUCCUUUUGUUCUGGCUUAAUUUUGUUUUGAGUAUAGUGAAUUAUGAUUCUUAAAUAUUUACGAGCCAGGAUGAGACAGAUCUACUGUAGACUUUUUUUUGGAUGAAAUGCAUUAUUCAUUCCUAUAACCUCUACAUUUUCAGGACUUUUGCAACUGUUGACCUUUUUAUGUUUUAAAGUGAGUUAAGUAGUAUGAAAAUCAUUGGUGUUCAUUAUUUGCAUUGCUUGAGCUCUGAUCAAAAUGUUUGAAGAAAGAAACUUUAUUUUUGCAACUUAUGUGCAGUUUUUAAGCUUGAGAUAUUUCAACGUGUUACAUAUAUUGGAACUCCUGUAGCUUGAUGCCUCCUGCUUUUGUAGCAGUGUAUGGUGAGCACUUGACAGAGAGAGUAUAUGUGUAUGUGUAUGUGUUUUUUUAAUAUGUGUAAAACUGUCCUUUUCACUCCAUGUCACUAAGUGAUAUUUCAUAUCUGUGGUUAUACUAAUAAUGAUGGGCCUUAUAAGUCUUUUGGCCAUUCAAAAAUAAUAAUAAAUAUGUACUGCUGGCAUGGUAA